GUGUGUAUGAGAGACGGAGCAAGAAAGAGAAACGAGGGGAAAAGAGAGAACCAUCGGAGGUGGUUGUGCAUCAGUAGAGCAGCUUUCUGGAAGCAGCAGGGGAUCACAACGACUGAAUUAUCCCCGGUGGAUCGAAGAGAAGAUAUUACGUCACCGAGGGAGUAUAACACUUCCAAGGGAUGGUGGUGCCAUAUGAGAACCAGGUCUACUCCUCACUGCGUAAGGAGUGCCAGCAGCGCCGGGUCCUGUUUGAAGACCAUGUCUUCCCUGCUACGGACAGCUCUCUGUUCUACCAGAACAACACCAUCGGAACUAUUACCUGGAAGAGACCUAAGGAGCUGUGUAGUAAUCCCAAGUUGUUUGUGGAUGGCAUAAGUGCUCAUGACCUUCUCCAGGGCCAGCUGGGGAACUGCUGGUUUGUUGCGGCCUGCUCCUCGCUCGCAUCCAGAGACGCUCUGUGGCAAAAGGUCAUCCCAGAUCAUAAGGAUCAGGAAUGGAACGAGGAGAAGCCUGAAUCUUACACUGGAAUCUUUCACUUCCACUUCUGGCGCUUCGGAAAAUGGGUGGAUGUAGUCAUCGACGACCGGUUGCCCACGGCGAACGGCAAGCUGGUGUACUGUCACUCAAAUGACAGCAAUGAAUUCUGGAGUGCCUUGGUUGAGAAGGCCUACGCCAAGAUGUACGGGUGUUACGAGGCCUUGGACGGGGGAAAUACAGCCGAUGCCCUGGUGGAUUUCACCGGCGGUGUUUCAGAGCCCCUGGACCUGGUGGAGGAAGGCUUGAGCACUGACAAGGAGAAACGCUCAGUUCUGUUUGACAGGGUCCUCAAAGUCCACAACAGAGGAGGCCUGAUCAGCGCCUCCAUACGGGCGACCAGCUCGGCAGAGAUGGAGGCUCGGCUGGCCUGCGGUCUGGUGAAGGGCCACGCCUACGCUGUGACAGACGUCCGCCGGAUCCGACUGGGCCACGGCCUCAUGGCCUACUUCCGGUCGGACAAACUCACCAUGAUACGACUCCGAAACCCCUGGGGGGAGAAGGAGUGGAACGGAGCCUGGAGCGACAGCUCAGAAGAGUGGAAUAAGGUAAGUAAGACUGAAAGAGAAAAGAUCGGGGUGACGGUGCAGGACGAUGGAGAAUUCUGGAUGAACUUUGAUGACUUCUGCCAGUAUUUCAGUGAUCUGAUCAUGUGUCGUCUGAUCAACACUUCCUACCUGUCACUCCACAAGACCUGGGAGGAGAUCUCUCUGACGGGCGCCUGGGUCAAGCAUGAUGACCCGCUGAAGAAUCGUGCCGGAGGCUGUACUAACAACAGAGAGACCUUCCUUCAGAACCCACAGUUUGUCUUCAAUGUGAAGAAGCCAGAGGAUGAGGUGCUGGUUUGUCUACAGCAGAAAGACAGGAGAGCCAGGCUGAAAGAAGGAAAAGGAGAAAAUCUGGCCAUUGGCUUGGAAAUACAACGUGUGGAGUUGAACAGGCAGUAUCGCAUGCACACUCGGCAGCAGAAAGUGUGUGGGAGUGUGUACAUCAACUCCAGGUGUGUGUUUCUGCGCUGUGAGCUGAAGGAGGGUCGUUACGUUGUCAUACCCACAACCUUUGACCCUGCUCUCGAGGGAGACUACCUGUUACGGAUCUUCACAGACAUCCCUGCGGACUGCAGAGAGUUAACCCUUGAUGAGCCAGCCCAGACAUGUUGGACUGGAAUGUGUGGUUUCCCGUCCCUAGUCACCCAGAUACACGUCCACAGAGCAGAUGGACUGGCUGGGCAAGACUCAGACGGAGAUGCAGCAUCUGACCCCUACGUGAUUAUCCGGUGUGAGGGUGAGAAGGUCCGUUCUCCAGUGUAUAAAAACACUCGCAGCCCCGUCUUUGAUACCAAGGCCCUAUUCUAUAGGAAGAAAAAGAACCAACCCAUAUUGAUCCAGGUUUAUAACCACAACGUCUUGCUGGAUUCCUUCCUGGGUCAGGUAAGUUUGACCUCUGACCCUGGUGACCCUCAGCAGGUCACCUUACACCUGAGGGACAAGGGCAAUCGCCAAGACAACGACCUCCCGGGUACACUCACCAUCUCCAUGGUGACAAGCAACAUUCUUGCCAACAUCUGACCAACCAUUAACCAAUCAGUGCCUUACUUUGGAGAGGGGAGUGCCAGACAUCUCCCAGUAACAUAGAAUGUGAUUGGUCAGGAGGUGCUGUCUGUUUCUGUAUAUACAUGUUACUGGCAGAAUAUGUGAUUACACUUUUUACAGAAUGUAAAAAGCACCUUUCUAUGUUUGCAUGUAUAUGUUUACAGUUUAUAUCGUUAAAGUAAUUUUGUCUGCCAAAGAUUUAUAUAUAUAAUCAGUAAUGAAUUUGCCAUAAGCAUAUCAGUUGAGGGACCAAAGUUUGCCUUCCAUUAAAGUGUUGAUAUUUUUACUCAGGGGUGUUAAACACAUUUCAUAGAAUGUCUUUUAGGAUUCUACAGCCAGAUGAGGGGAGUUCCUCAAAAAUCAGGGAAACCUUCAGACAAUUUUCCCUCCUUGGAAUUAGUUUGACACGUGUUCUAACUCAGUAAUUGUCAAAGCUCUCCUUUGGGACACGUAAUCUUUCAGUUUUUUUGGUCUACUUCAGAUCUUGAACUUGACAACUAAUAAUGAAUACAUUUAAUGUUAAUCACCUUAGGUAGUUCAUAGAAAUAAGUGAAUAAGCCAUUCGGUCCCCAAGGAGAGGUGAGAGCCACAGGUUUCAAUGUUCCUAAGUUUGACAGUGUAGCACCAAUCCUGACCACAGAGGGGCAUCAGGAGUCAUGUCAUCCCUGAGUUCCCAGUUCUUAGUUUUGAAGUGUGUUAAAAUUAUUCAAGGAUGUUCUUUAACCUGGGCCACCCUUACAGGUGCAUAGAAUUUCAGCUGUUUACAUUUGUUUACACAUAUUUUAUGUUUUGGCAAUGAGAAUUUAUGUCGACUGAACAGUCGGAUGUAACUCUGCUGUAGCAGAGAUGUUUUUAAAGACCCGUCCCUGCCUCCCUAGAAGGUUGUGUAUCACCUGAAAGCAGAUCUCUGAGUGGUCAAGGUGUCCUCUGACAUGACACAGGUGGGCGUUUCCUCUUCUGUCUUCAAUUACUCCUCUUGUUACUGCAAGCCAGGUCUGAGACCGAUGACAAUAAGACCAACGCCUUGAACUGAAAUACCACUAUUGCUCUCAACCUCUAAGCUGUUUAAUAUUCAUAUGUUUUGUGGAAACCAUUUAUAAAUUGUAUAUCACAAUACAAAUAUUUGUUGUCGUAAGAUAACAUCCAGGUUCACUUAAACAUAAUGGAAAUGACAAAACCAAAUAAAAGUAUA